AUGGACCUAACCGGUUUCCUUGGAUUAGGCCUAUCCAGCCCAGUCCAAAGUUAUCCAAGCCCAAACCAACACGGCCCACUCUAUCCCUUCAAUAUCAUUCUAUCAUCUUCCCCAAAACUCAGAUCACCAGAGCCAAAAUCUCUAAAUCCCACACCACUCCCACCACCAAUGGCGGCAAUAGCCGCGGCGGUGACCGCCGCCUCCACCGCCCUCAGUCCCCUCCACCUCUCAAAACCAUGUAAAUUAGCAUUCAGACACCUCCAGAGCUCCCUUAUACUCAGACACACUCGUCACCACCUCCGCACCAUCAUCACCUCCUCUCUCUCUCCUCCCUCCUCCACCGCCACCGAAUUCAACAUCACCUUCGCGCCAGCAAAACCCAACCCUAAUACGGAUCCCGAGUUUACGGACCAGCUCGGGAAGCAACUCUUCAUUCCAUGGAUUGUUCGCGACGAGAACGGAAAUCUCACACUCCAGUCCACACCUCCGGCGAGUCUCCUACACGCCAUGGCCAAUGCCGAGACGAAGAAGAAGAAGAAGAAGAAAACACAGCAAAAAGAGAGCUAUUCGACCAAAGCUACGGCCUCACAGCCGAAGCAUUCCAAGGCUGCACGGAGGUUCUACAAUGAGAAUUUUAGGGAUCCGCCGCAGCGGCUCAGUAAGGUUCUCGCCACCGCAGGAGUGGCAUCGAGACGGAGCAGUGAAGAGCUUAUAUUUGAAGGCAAAGUGACUGUCAAUGGGUCUGUGUGCAAUAUACCUCAGACUAAAGUUGAUCCCGCAAGGGAUAUGAUAUACGUCAAUGGGAACCGCCUUCCUAAGAAACUGCCUCCAAAAGUCUAUCUUGCUUUGAACAAGCCAAAAGGAUACAUAUGUUCAUCUGGGGAGAAGGAGACCAAACCAGUGAUAUCAUUAUUUGAUGAUUAUUUGAAGAGUUGGGAUAAAAUAAAUCCGGGACGACCAAAACCACGACUGUUUACCGUUGGCCGCCUUGAUGUUGCCACAACUGGGCUGAUAUUUGUUACAAAUGAUGGGGAGUUUGCUCAAAAGAUUUCACAUCCUUCAUCUAAUCUAACAAAGGAAUACAUUGCAACUAUAGAUGGUUUAGUCAAUAAGCGGCACUUAAUAGCCAUCAGUGAGGGAACCAUUAUCGAAGGUGUCCAUUGCACACCAGAUGUUGUGGAGCUACUUCCGCGGCAACCGGAUGUAUCAAGACCUCGACUUCGGAUCGUGGUUCAUGAGGGAAGAAAUCAUGAAGUCCGUGAACUUGUGAAAAAUGCUGGACUUCAGAUUUAUUCGCUAAAGCGUGUGCGUAUAGGUGGUUUCAGGCUUCCAUCAGAUCUUGUGUGA